AGAGGGGGGACUAAUUCACCCAACAUGGCUGCCCCCAUGUAGUGACUCGUCUAUUUAUCAAUUGUGGUGUAGCUGAGGUGCUGCAUAAUUAGCGACAAUGAGGACAUCUCCUAGACAAGUGUACAGCUGGCUGCACAUGCUAAACUCUCGUUGUAGCUUUGGGCCCAAGCAGAGGUCAUUACAGAACUUGACAGCAUGCUGCGUCAAGCUAUCACCCUGUUUGCAGCUGUCUAACUAUGCACACCAUACAAGACAACCAGAUGCAGCAGAGCAGAAACAUGCGGAAGUGAGUGAAAGAUAUUCUACUCCUGAUGUGACAGAGCACUGUGCACCAGUUUCGGCUGUCUCUGAUUGUGCCAUUACACAAGUCGUUGAGAAACUAGUUGGACACCAAAUGCACGUACAGAACCGUAGAAAGACUACAUUUGCCGUAAAGUGUCUUAUGACAUUUGGCGUUACGGAGGCAGAGGUCAUAGCAUUGGUGACUCACAAUCCACAGCUGAUGAACUGUGCUUCCAGCCAGUGGCAGACCUGUAUUGAGAUGCUCUCCAAUCACAGUUUCAGCAGUCGACAGAUUCUGAACAUCCUCAGUAGCGCCCCCUAUGUAUUAAAGAUGUCGCUAGUAACUCUUGUGCGCGCUAUGCAGAAUCUGCGAGCCCUUGGAUUUGUCGAUGGAGACAUCCAGCAUCUGUUGUCUGAGAAUCCGCUCCUGCUAGAGGCAUCUCAGAGAGCGCUGGUAGGUAGAGUGAAGCAGCUGCUUACAGCAUUCACACGCAGUGAUGUCAACAAGAUGUGUGUCGCAAACCCAAGUAUUCUCAGCGACCCCUGGGAGCAGUUAGAGGAGAAGCUACACUAUGUUUUAUUCUGCAUGGGUCUUUCGCAGACUUCGAUUGUCAAGUCCAAUCUCAUGAAGCACUCCAUAGAUCACAUACAGUGUAGACAUGAAUUCUGCCUGAGAGCCGGCUUCUUCAAGGUUCCGGAUCCGAAGCGGCGCAUGAGAACCGACAACGCAUCGCUGAGGAGCAUCAUUGAUGCAUCGGACUCUAACUUUCUGCGCAGCGUUUGCCGUGGCCUGUUCUCGCUGCGGGACUACCGAGUCUUUCGUUCGAUGCUUGCUAACGAGGAUAAAUAUGGACCUUUGCUCAACGACUGGGAGGAUGACGAUGAUGGUGACAACAUUUACAAUGACGAGCAGUUAAAAUAAUGUCAGCUGCAGUUCUAGUUUAAAGAGAAAUGUUGAAUUGUGGACAAUAGAGUCAUUACAGUAGACAUGUCAUUAUAAAGACUAUGCACCAUCAUUGAUGUUCUGAAUAUUGACGUUUAUAUCCUCAAAUACUCGAGGACUUCUAAUAUCGGUCAAAGAUUAUAGCUAAGAGCUGUUGUAAAUUAUCAGGUGUGAUCCCAUUGUCACAUCAAGUGGCCAUGGUUGUAAUAAAUUGUAGUUUUUGAUAUCAGUACAUGAAUAAUCUGCAGAAUACAAGCCAUCAAUCUAACAGAUGUGUAAUUUAUGUAAACCGUCUUAACUCGGACCACAUACGUUGCUGCUGCACGAAUAGUAGGAAUUUCAUCUGUGACCACACGGCUGUAAUAAAAUUGUAUUUUAAAUACGUUCAUUUUUGGUUUAUCUGAAAAA